AUGCUUGGCUUGGAAUCCUCUCGAGCGCAACACUCCCCUCUGUUUGCGCAACAGCAAUUCCCCAUAGACUCGGCCAUCAUGGAUCCAUUCAGCUACCUCGACGACUUUCACUCCCUCUCUCAGAGCCAGGACCCGGCCCGGUCAUUACCACACUCGUUCUAUGACACUCCGUCCAUGUACGUGGAGUCGACCCCUGACAUGCACAAGCCCUUGGCCUUCCCUCCUGUUCCCUCUACACCCCCGAUGGCUACUUCUCACUUCUUCGAGCGUAUGCCAACGUUGGACAGUGCUUCGGGUCCCUCGAUUGCCAGCGCCUCCUCGUCAGCCAUGGGAUCGCCCAAUUCAGGGGCCGCCAAUGCCUUCCCGGAGGGUUGGAUCGACACCAACCACGGUCUGGGACUGCCUCCAUCAGUGAUCAACGACCUUCCCAGUGAAUACAACCAGAUCGGGAGUGCCGUCGACCCUGAUUCGGCGUUUGCUACGGAAAAGUUCCCAAAUAGCUAUGUGGAUCCUUUUCUGGUCCAGCCGAUGCAACGUCAGAUCCCUACAUCGAUGCCAUACACCGAAGACCCGCAGGCUCUGCAGCCCUCGGGCUUCAUGUCUCCCUCCACUGUCCCUUCGCCAUUGCCUUCCCAGAACCUCUCCACUCCGCAGCUUCACCAGCAACAGCUGUCACAACAAGUGCCUAUGGGAUCUCCUUAUCUGGCCGGCCUCCCUCAAGGAGGCCACUCCCCCUCUCAGUCGCCUCGAUCGCGGCAGAGUCCGGCGAUCAGCCAACCCGAUGGCGAGGAGGAGCCUCGCGCGGACAAGGGCCGCUGUCCCUUCCCCGAUUGCGGACGCGUCUUCAAGGACUUGAAGGCGCAUGUGCUCACCCAUCAGUCCGAACGGCCUGAGAAGUGCCCGAUCGUGACGUGUGAGUAUCAUCACAAAGGGUUUGCGCGCAAAUAUGACAAGAACCGACACACCUUGACCCACUACAAGGGCACCAUGGUCUGCGGGUUUUGCCCGGGCUCUGGCUCGGCUGCCGAGAAGAGCUUCAACCGGGCGGACGUUUUCAAGCGGCACCUGAUGUCGGUGCACGGGGUCGAGCAGACUCCUCCGAACUGCCGCAAGAGAAGUCCCACCGCAGCUGCGAGCACCAAGAAGCCGUCUGGUUACAGCGAGGAUGCGACGGGCAAGUGCUCCACCUGCUCCGCCACGUUCAGCAACGCGCAGGACUUCUACGAACAUCUGGAUGACUGUGUGCUGCGGGUCGUGCAACAAGAAGAGCCCAGCGAGGCGAUCAACCGGCAGCGGCUGGCCGAGGUGGCUUCCGACGAGGAAGUCAAGAAGACGAUGGAGAAACACAACCUGCUGGACACGGCGGAUCGAUUUGAUGAGUAUAACGAGGACGAGGAGGACGACGAGAAUGAGUCGAGUGAUGCUCACCAGCGUCCCGGCAGGGGCAUGAAGACGAACAAGUCUGGCUCCGCGUCUCGUGCUCUGGGAACCAGCAGCGCCGUCACCAAGUCUCACGCCGGGGGUGUGAACAAGUCACGAGCGACGGUCUCGCGGCGGCGGGGGAACCGGCAUAACUAUCCGCCGUCGUGGGGCUGCCCCAGCAGCAAGAUGAAGGUCAAGAAGCGGAUUCUCUGCGUGUACAACGGCAAACGGCGGCUGUGGAAGGACGAGAUGAUGCUGGACAACGAAUUCGAGGUCCGGCUGCGCCUGCCCGGCGGGGCGGGGGACGGCACGAACCGCGAGGCGUAUGUGACGGACCUGGACAUUGAGACGCUGAAGCGGGCGGAGGGGGUACUGAAUGCGACGGAAGAGGAGCAAGGCCCCUGGUCGGGCAGCUCCUCGAACCGUCUCAUCGGGCAGCCGGCUGUCCUGCUUCCUGACAUUCCCGUGGAAGAGGUCGACAUCGAUGAGUUGAUGUCGUGA